GGAUCAAUGUGACACCUGUCCUCAGAUAUAUUGGCCAUUUCCCUUAACUAUCCAGUUCCUCAUCUUGCUUUUUCAUUUUGAAUACUGCAAGUUCCCAAGCAACUCUCAGAUUUGUAAACAUGGCUAUGGAUACACUAUUUGCUUUACAGUAGUUACCUGGAAAUCUAGGUCUGUUUGUAUUUUCCCCUCCCCCACAUUUCUUAAUCAUACUUAACUAACAGCAUUUGUGGUUAUAGGUGAUUUAUAAAUUCCUAAGUGUGUCAUGGUUUGUAGCCUCUAGUUUGAAGCAAAAGAAGAAUGAGUACUCAGGAACUGGUCACUUUGAAUGUGGGAGGAAAGAUAUUCACCACAAGGUCUUCAACCAUAAAGCAGUUUCCUGCCUCUCGCCUGACACGAAUGUUGGAUGGCAGAGACCAAGAAUUCAAGAUGGUUGGUGGCCAGAUUUUUGUGGACAGAGAUGGUGUUUUAUUUAGUUUCAUCUUAGAUUUUUUGAGAACUCACCAGCUUUUAUUACCCACUGACUUUUCAGACUAUCUUAGGCUUCAGAGGGAGGCUCUAUUCUAUGAACUUGAUCCUCUGGUGGAUCUCUUAAACCAAGAACACCUGCUACAGCCGAGACCUGCUCUUGUGGAGGUGCAUUUCCUAAGCAGAAACACUCAAGCUUUUUUCAGGGUGUUUAGCUCUUGCUGCAAAACAAUUGAGAUGCUAACUGGGAGGAUUACAGUGUUUGUAGAGCAAACUUUGGUGGCACCGACCUGGAGAAGUAACUCCUUCCCUCCUCAGAUGACCUUACCUCCACUGCCUCCGCAGAGACCUUCUUACCAUGACCUGGUAUUCCACUGUGGCUCUGACAGCUCUACAGACAACCAAUCGGGAAUCAGGUAUGUUUCUAUAAAACCUGAUAACCGAAAACUGGCCAAUGGAACAAAUGUACUCGGCUUACUGAUUGACACUUUAUUAAUGGAAGACUUCCAUCUGGUCAGCACCAGAACAGUAUCCUCUGAAGACAAAACUGAAUGCUAUAGCUUUGAAAGGAUAAAAAGGUCUGAAGCUCUCACCAUGAACAAAACACUGAAACCAGGGACUAUCCUCAUGCCACAGCAAUCUGAGAAAAAGAAAUGAAGUUUUCAUUCUCUUUUAGAGCAAAGAUAAAUUGUCAUUUUUUUUGGUUUUGAAAUUUCACAUUUAGGGAUAUAUGUUAAUCAAAUAGGUACUCGGCCUAACUUUUUGGCCUUGUCCUCUACUGUGCCACCUUGGAGCAACCACACCUUACCAAUACUUAAGCCACAUUAAGCGCUUGCUGCUCUCUAAACACCAUGCACUUGGUACUUUGAUGCAUGUUCCUUCUACCUUCAAUGCCUCUUUCCCUUUCUCUUCUUCAUGAACACUUAUACAGCAUUCAAGAAUGGGCUAUGUAAUCAGACUGCUUGAUUUCUAAUCCCAACUCAGUCACUUAGUAGCUAUACAACUUGGGCAAGUCAUUAUUUAAUCUCUCUAUGCUUCAACUUCCUCAUCUAUCAAAUGAGGAUAAUAAAUAUCUCCCUUAUGCGACAAGUGAGGCUCAAAGAAGAUAAUGUAAAAUACUCAGUGCAUUGCCUGGCACAUGGUAGGCACUGAGCAACUGUCAGUAAUGAUGAUGAUGAUUCUGAAGAUAGGUGGCCCACUUUCAAUUGCACCUCUUCCGUGAGGUCUUAUUUUCCUCCUUUCCCAGGGAUAUUAAUUAGCUCUUUUCACUACAUAGACUUUU